AUGCACGACGGACACAGAAACUCUUCACUUACCAGCUGGGCAUGUGAAAUAUGUACUUUGACUAAUCCACCUUAUGCAACCGUAUGCAAUGCAUGUGACACGCCUCGUGCCCAGUCGGCAUCUAUUAAAAGUCAACCAGUACCUAAUUCAAGCUAUCAUGGUGACGCGUCCAAUGAUCAACUGCUACAAUCUUAUGCCACUGUUUCAUCAAUAUCUGAACCUCCAUAUGCAGCUGCAGCUGCUUCUCUGGAAUCCCGUGUGCCGUCAUCGUCAUCCUCAAGAAUCGACGUUACCUCUCACCAAUCGGCACAGCGAGCACAGCACUUACCAGAUCAGUUAUCUACCGAAUGGGAAUGCCAAGUGUGUACGUUUCACAAUACUGAUGAUGACAAGCGUUGUACAAUUUGUCAUGAAGGUACACGACCCGAACAGUGCCGCCAAGGAAUGCGUUCAGACUUUGCAAAACCAGUAGUUUGUCCGGAUACUCCGCAGCGUGAUUCGCAUCUGCACCCAUCGACUGCUCGAGAGUCACCAACAACAGACACUGGACUACCCUACGUUGAAGAUACUGUGCUUAAAUCAAACAAAUAUGCAUCCAUACCCAAACAUGAAGCAUUUGUCUACAUUCCUGAUCUACCCAAUGAUGUGGUCGAUACGAAAUUGGAACGAAUGAUCGAUGAACGUCUCAAUAGCAAUCACCAUAUUAAAGUUGUCAAGGUCAAAUGUCAUUCCAGCAUCGGUGUCGGCAUUGUAUUUGUGUCCAAUAGCACUGACAAACAUGCUCUUCUCAAUACAGUUCGAUCAACCAUUCUUGAUCCUGAAAAAAAUAUCAUUAUUUCGUUCGUUGAACAACUUGAACUCAUUUCCUAUUUAGUUUUUGAUCAAAAAAAGCAAGAAACCGAAACCGUGACCGAAGUUGCUCGCCGUUGGGCACAACUAAGUAAAUCGUCUCAGUCACCAACAUGUGAACAAAUUUCUGUACUAUUUUCGAACAUAUUCAAAAUAAUAUCUCGCUCUCUCGAAGAAGUUCUCACGGUACGAGCAGUCGAUGUCUUUAAAGUCAAUGGACAAUUUGCUAAUGUUUACCUAAGAGCUGAUUGCAGUUUUAUCGAAGAUCUGCCACAGAAUAUCACUACCGCUGAGAUUAUCAAAACUAUUAAUGCACAUAUGAGUGGUCAGUACGGUCAACAAACACCCUAUGUUCAGUACAACAAAGAAGCGUCGANAAAGAAGUAUAUGAGUUUUUUUCUCUGUCACGUUUGUCGCCGAGGUUAA